GGUGACAGUUGCACACACAACUUAGAAGCGACAUGGCUCUCUCUUUGCCACUUCAGAACCUCUCCGCAGUCAUCUCCGCCACCGGUAAUGCCACAACGGCAGCAUCUCGGCCUCCGAAGGGGCGGCGCUGGGAGGUUCACUCGGUGGCGUCCAAUACAAGCGCCGCCGGCCCGCUGCAGUUCGGCGAGUACGAAGAAGGGAAGCUUGAGCGACCAAAGUGGACUGGGGAGACCCCUCUUUCUCGGCUGGUCAAAGCUAUCAUCUCCUUCAAGCCUUUGUACUUUGUUCUCAAGCUUGGUGCUAGAAGGGUUUUGAUAAGUACAGCUGAGAAGAACAACAUACCUUGGACGAAGAUGGCGAAAGAGAUUUUAGAGUCAGAAGUGUAUAGGGAGAUGGACAUCAUUCAAAACCAGUCUUUAGUGUACCCUGAUUAUUAUUUGAAUCCAUUCCAUGCAUACGAGGAGGGCAAUCUUACAUGGCUGGCCGCAGCAGAAGCAGAGGCUGCUACAAUGUCAAUGGUUAGACGAGUAGUUCCAAAUGCUUCCUCAUUGGAGGAAGCAAAUCAGGUACUGCGCGGGAAUUGGCUUCUUGCAAUUGAACAACACCAUAUACAGUAUUCAGAAUCAUCUGUGAUUAAUGACAUUCUAGAUAUUGGAUGCUCUGUCGGUGUAAGCACAAAAUAUCUUGCAGACAAGUUCCCCACAGCCAAUGUCACAGGGCUAGAUCUGUCACCGUAUUUUCUAGCUGUGGCUCAGCAUAAAGAAAAGACUGCAAUGCCCAGGAAAACUCCUCUAAGAUGGAUACAUGCAAAUGGGGAAGACACGGGCUUGCCUUCUAAAUCAUUCGACCUUGUUUCUCUUGCCUUUGUGCUUCAUGAAUGUCCUACAAGAGCUAUAGUCAAUAUAGUGAGGGAAGCUUUUCGUCUCCUUCGGCCUGGAGGCACACUAGCUUUGACAGAUUUGUCGCUGAAGUCAAAGGUUCUUCAGGAAUUGUCUCCUGUCCUGUUUACACUGCUCAAGAGCACAGAGCCUUUCCUGGACGAGUAUGUCUUGACUGAUAUGGAAGAAACACUGAGGAAAGCUGGUUUUGUGAACAUAACAUCAAUUCUUACAGACCCCAAACACGUCACAGUUACAGCAACGGUGCCUCAAUGAAACAUCACAUCUUGAAAUUCUUUUUAUUUUCAUUUUGCUUGGUACACAAACAUCUUCUUGGGUUUGGCAUCAAGCACGUUAGCACUUGGUAGACGUAUUUCCAAAUUAAUAGUGUGGUCCAAAAUUUUUUAGUUAUGUAUCAAUGUGCCACGGUCUGUUGUUAUUAUCAUUUGGUUUUGUAUAGUAUCCCAAGAUCUGGUGCAACAUAAAUUCCUUUCAACAUAAGCAUGAAUAUCCAUUACCAAAGAUGUACUAUUGUCCUUUUCUUGAA